AAAAUGUAUGAUAUGAUAGUACAGAAGUCCUCUUUGGUCUUUUCUCCUCAUGCUUCUGGUACUUCCAUCUGGAGUUAAGCAGAAUAAAUCUUUCUUUAUUGAAAUGAUAUCCCUUUAAAUAUUUGAACGCAGCUUAGUUUGCUUCCUCAGUCAUUUUAUUUCCCAUUUUAAAAUUCCCUUAAUUUUCUUAGCUUCUCCACUUAUGGUCAAAUCUUCACAAUGUUCAACCCAUGUUUCCAUUUUCUGACUCUUUCUUCAUGAGCACCAUCACAGGUAUACCUAAGUGGAUAAUAUUCAUUAACAUGCUUUCUGACUAUUUUCUGCUGGUGGUUGAAUUGGAGUAUGAAAAGAAGGCAGAAGUUGGUAGCUUAGUAGUACCCUUUGUGGAAUAUUCAGGUAUUUGCCAUCAGUAUCCUUAUGUUCCUACCAUUCUCUUUACUAUUGCAGGUUGGAAUCUUUUCCAUUUGAAUGAUGCCUCCUCAAUCCAUCUUGUUGCUUUUGCCAAAUACUACAAUCAUAUCUUUGACAUUUCUGCUAACAGGAAUUCCUGGCCUGGAAGCUUCCCACUUAUGGGUUUCUAUACCCUUCUGCUUCCUCUAUGCCAUUGCCAUCUCUGGGAAUAGCAUGAUCUUGUUUGUCAUCCUCACCAAUCAAAGCCUUCAUGAACCCAUGUACUAUUUGCUCUCUAUGCUAUCAGUCACUGACAUGUGCCUGUCCCUCUCCACUAUGCCCACUACUCUAGGUGUUCUCUGUUUUAAUAUUCAGGAAAUUGGUUGGAAUGCCUGUAUUAGCCAAAUGUUCUUCAUUCAUUUCCUUACGGUCAUGGAGUCAUCAGUGCUCUUGGCUAUGGCCUUUGACCGCUACAUUGCUAUAUGUAACCCUCUGAGGUAUACCACUAUCCUCACUCCAACCAGAAUCAUCCAGAUUGGACUCAUAAUUAUGGGAAGAGGAAUUCUGGUUGUGAUUCCCCUCCUUCUCCUUCUUAAUCGUCUUUCUUUCUGUAGGGAUAAUAUUCUCUCUCACUCCUAUUGUUACCAUCCUGAUGUGAUCAAAUGUUCCUGCUCUAAUAUCAGGGUCAACAGCAUCUAUGGACUUUUUGCUCUCCUUUCUACCUCUGGUUUGGAUGCUCCUUUGAUUGGCCUCUCUUAUGUGUUGAUCCUUCAUUCUGUGCUCAACAUCGCAUCCCCAGAGGAACGAUACAAGGCAUUUAGCACUUGCAUCUCCCAUAUAGGCGCUGUGGCUGUUUUCUACAUUCCCCUCAUUGGACUCUCUGCUGUUCAUAGGUGGGGAAAGAAAGCACCUCCAUUUGUUCACACUUUGAUGUCUAAUGCUUUCCUCCUUCUGCCCCCUGUGCUAAACCCAAUUAUCUAUAGUGUGAAGACCAAACAGAUUCGAAGGGCUAUCCUCAAGGUUUUUCUGAAGAAAGGCUAUUAAAACUGAACCAACAGAACUGUAAGUGAGCUCCUAUGGGAAAAAGGACAAAUAUAAAGUUAUUUGGAUGGGGACUAAUGGUCUUCUUCAAACAAAUAACUUUAACUUGGAUCCCAGAUUUAUAGAUCAUGAUCAUGGAAUCAUGGGAUUUAACUAAAAUAAAUUCAACCUCAAAGAGGCUUAUGAGAUGAAGGGUUAUGGAAAAGAGACCACAUUAGCAGAAAAAGAAAAACAAACUUAGAUAUAAUUGGAAUCCAAAAUCUUUCAAAUAUUUGUCAAUUUGGUUCCAAAAAAAGGAAAUGUGUAAAUUUAGUGAUGGUUAAUUCAUUCAGAAAACAUGAACUUAAUAAAUAUUAGUUUGGAGUCUCCUAUGCACAGCAAUAAAAAUCAAAUGUUUGGCACCCCUGAAAGGGUGAUUGUGAACCUUUGGAAAUUUAUCCUCUAUGGGUCUCAUUCCUAAACCAAAAUUCAAGUUUAAGAAGAAAAAGAGAGUGGAGCAGCACUGAAAAUUUCUCUAGGUUUCUUUACAGCAAAAGCAAAAGCUUAUUAAUGGAAAAGAAAAAUAAAUAUUAAAAUGCAUUUUUAGCUAAAACUAUUGUAUAAUAAUCUCACAGUAAUCCGACAGAAAGUUUUUAUAGAAGCAAAGAACUGGAAACAAAAUGCCUGUCCACUUUUGGGAGAAUCAUACAAUAAAAAUUGAUAUAAAAAUGUAAUGGGAUGUUAUCUCUCCAUAAGAAACAAUGAAAACAAGAAAUUCAGAGAAAUAUGGGAUUUGUAGAAACUGAUGGAAAGUGAAUUUGAACCAGAAAAAUAUAUAGAGAGAUUUAACUCUGUAAGUGGACAA